UGUAACCCUCUAAUUUACAGAGUUUAGGUUUAUUUUUGUUGGUUGUCUCUGUGUCUUCAUACUACGUUUAUUUCGUGAAUUUUAUGUACAAUCUGAUAAUUUAAUGGAAACAAGAGAAAAAUCAUUGGAAAGUGAAGGUGGUGUUUGCAGUGGAGACAGUGAUGUAACUGCUGUCAAAAAUGUGAAUCCAGGCCCUAUGGGAAUAGAUAUGGCAGAGGUUUUGACGGAUGCAGGCAUUUACUCCUAUGCGGCGAUAUGUGCCUUAUCGUUACAUGAACUUUUUGACAAUUGGUGGGAUCAGGCAUUCAAUCAUAAAUGCAUGAAAACCAUACUGGAACACUUGAAACUUCCCAAACAGGUAGAAUCUGUGAUGAUAUUAAUGAUUGAGGGGAAAUGCAGUCAAAAAGCAGAUGCAUAUGUGGACCUGCUUCUUAAUGAAGAACGAUUACAUGGAAAUGCCCUGCCAGUUGUUCAAGAUCUUAUCGUGCUUGCAGUUAGGGGAGGAUUGGCAACUGGGGAAUACGAUGCAAGGAUGCGUGUUCUUAUUCGUCAUGUUGCUGCUGAGCUUAUGGUUCCCCAACAGAUUGUUGAUGAGUGUGAGGAAGCUGUUGUCGAGUGCUUUACUGAAGAGUUCAGAGGAAUGUCUGAGGAACAGGUGGAAGAAGCGAAACAACGACAUCAGAGUAAGAAAUAUAAACGUUACAUGAUGAUAGGUUUGGCAACAAUUGGUGGUGGUACACUACUUGGAUUGAGUGGAGGUUUGGCAGCACCACUUAUAGGAGCAGGUGUUGGAACAAUUCUUGGGGGUGCAAGUGCGGCAGCUAUUGGGUCAGCAGCAGGGGCAGCUGUCAUUGGGUCUCUUUUUGGACUAGCAGGAGCAGGACUUACAGGUUUCAAGAUGAAAAAACGAGUAGGUGAAAUAGAAGAAUUUGCGUUUGGUGUCUUACCUCCAACAAGUGAAUCUGAAACACAGGUCAGACAACUUCAUAUUACCAUAGCGAUAUCUGGAUGGCUGACAGAUUUAGAAUCUGACAACUUCACUCGGCCAUGGCAAUCCUUGUUUUGCUCUCGAGAGCAAUAUUAUCUCAGAUAUGAAUCAUCAUACCUGCUGGAGCUGGGUCAGGCCUUAGAUUACAUCCUCAGUUUUGCUGUUUCAAUGGCAGCACAAGAAGCCCUCAAAUACACAGUACUCUCUGGUAUUAUAACAGCAAUUACGUGGCCAGCAUCAUUAGUGACUUUGGCAUCAGUUAUUGACAAUCCAUGGGGUGUGUGUUGCCGGCGCUCUGCUGAAGUGGGCAAACAACUGGCCGAAGUGCUGCUAUCACAUGAACAAGGCCAGAGGCCUGUUACACUAAUUGGAUACAGUCUGGGAGCCAGAGUUAUAUAUUAUUGUCUUCGGGAAAUGUCCGGGAGAAAAGGAUGUGAAGGAAUUGUGCAGGAUGCCAUAAUGCUUGGAACACCGGCAACAGACAAUCCAAAAGAAUGGAAGAAACUGUCAAGAGUAGUUUCAGGGAAAAUUAUAAAUGGGUACUGCAAGACAGACUGGUUGCUGAAGUUUUUGUAUAGAACUUUUGCAGUUUUUAACAGUGUUGCGGGGCUGAAACCUAUUGAGUGUGAUGAUAGAAGAAUACAAAAUUUUGAUUUAACAGAUAUUGUUGGAGGGCACAGAGACUAUCCAGACAAACUAGAUGCAAUUCUGAAAGCCAUAGGCAUUCGUACAAAGGAAGUGGAUCCAGACACAGUCUCUGCAUUAAAGAAAUCUUCAUCUGAAAUUGCAUAUGGCCCUCCGACAAAGGUAUCACUAUCAAGCCUGAGAUCCUCAAAGUCUGAAAAUGCACUCCAAAUCGAAAAUCCAGAGGAUGUUUCUUCUGUGUUGGGAAAUGCAGCUGCCAAGUGUUCAUUCUGUUCAGAAGCAACUGAGGAUUAUGUAGAAGGUACUGAAGAUAAUCAGGAGAUGCCAGUAAAUGAAUCAUCACAGGUGGAGAGUAUGUCACAUUCUGCUCCAACUACAGCUGCUGCCCAGUGUGAACUUCCAACUGAACAACAUGUAGAUGAAUUAUCUAAGGAAUUCCCAGAGUGUGCACCAGAAGCUGAUGUGUCUUCCAACUACAAAAGGAAAUAGUGUUUACUCUGCAAUAACGACGACACAGUAUCACAAUUCAGGAUAAUGAUUUGUGCUCAGGUAUUACGUAUGGUUCACUAAUGAUCAAGUGAAUUAUGACAAAUAUAAGUUCUUCCGUUACAAAUAAUAAAACACAACAUUUUUGCUCUUGACCUGCAGUAAACAAUUAAAAAUUUCACGUUUACAGUUUUCACAACAUGUGCCAAAGAUGGUUCUAUAAUAUUGUGUGCUACUUUUCUAUAUUUUUAUAAGAUAUACAGAAAUUUUUCUUCAAAGCUUUGAAUCUUUUUAUAGAAAAGUAAAUAUAUUUUCUCACAUCCUUUGGUUACAUCACAAUGUAGUGGGUUCAAAACUUCUAAACUUAUUUUGUUUCCAUUGACAAGUUGUAGCAUAAGUAAUGUGACUUCUUCAACUAUAUAAAAAUAGACUGUUACAUAUGUAUUUGAGAAACAUAUAGUAAGAAUAAUAGUCAGAUUUUGAAUUUUCACAAAUUGUGUGGCAUUCUUGAAUAUAGCAACUGCAACUUGCUACAAAAGAAAUAUUUAACGUUUUCUGUCAGGCCUUAGGUAAAAAAUGUACGUGCUCAUGUUUCUAUGUUGAUGUUUCAUCAGUGAAUCAUGGGGAUCAAAUAGAAUUGGUGUUGUAAUAAAAAUUAUCUGCUCUGUGUGAAAUUAUUACUGCAUCAUGGAAUAUUGAAGUAUAAAAUUCUCUUUAAGAAGGCCAUUCGAUUGUGAUGAGUAUGGAUUUUUUUUACAGAAUAGCACUGUUAACAUUACUUGUCUGUAAUAUGGGGCAAUGUGAUAACUGUUGAUGGCACAGUAGAUACACCCUUAUUGUAUCAGAUAGAUUACUGUGAAUGACUUCCAAAAUAAGACAAAUUACUGAGCGAGGUGGUGCAGAGGUUAGCACACUGGACUCACAUUCGGGAGGACAAUGGUUCAAACGCACGUCCGGACAUCCUGAUUUAUGUUUUCUGUGAUUUUCCUAAAUCGCUUUAGGCAAAUGCCGGGAUGGUUCCUCCAAAAGGGCACAUCCGAUUUCCUUCCCUAAUCCGAGCUUGUGCUCCAUCUCUAAUGACCUCGUUGCCGAUGGGACAUUGAACCCUCAUCUCCUCCUCUUCAGUAAGACAAAUUAUUAAAGGAACUAGCAACCUGUUGGUACUUGUAAGAGCAAAAUCAUUUUCGUCAAGGCACUGCAGACAGUUAGGAGCUAAAUAUUUUGGUGAUAGAUGCAAAGCCUAUGAAGAGCUAAUAUUUUUGACAAAAGUUGUUGGCAUUUAUUUUUACUAGCUUUGUAGUGUCAUACGGGACACUAAAAUGUGCGCUAUUGCUCAGUAUUAUAAUGAACACAGGAAAUUUUACAGUAUGUCGUGGUACUGUAGGGUAUAAGUUGCAUGAAAAAAGCACUAAAAUGUGAGUUAUUUCUUGAUUUGUAUAUCAUAUUGGAGAUUCUCUACUGUAGCCGGUGCUGUAAAAAUGUUUAGUGACUGAUUUUUUUUUUUAUAUAGUCUGAAGUUUUUCCUGCUGUGUCAACAUUUGCACAUGGCAGAACUUUUUUGUGAAGAAGAGUACCAAAUAUAAAUGUUAGUUCUGUAUACUUCAUUACUUUUAGUAAUGAGGCACUCAAUGUGUGAUGUAGAAUAAAGAUAAUGAUUUAAAAAGUGUUGUGAUUAGCUGUUUUGUUAGAAAUUUCUUUUGUAAUGUCACUUUAG